UCUGCGCAUGCGUGAGCCGCCUAUUGAAGUAGGUGAAGUAGGCAUGCCGAUGUGGCGUUGCAACUGGUGAGAAGCCAGUAAUAUAAGAUUAUAUGAUGGACAUUUUAUUGUUCAUGCUUUUCUUUGCCGGUAGUUUUGUCCAGGCAGAUGAAGACGAAAGGUUGCCAAAUAAAUGUGAAGUAUGUAAAUUCCUCACGGUGGAGCUUCAGGGAGCCCUGGACAAAAGUGGGAGAUCUAAGGAAGUAUUGGAAGUGGGGGAGGUGUUAGACACUGGCAAGCGCAAACGCAAGAUCAAGUACAACACUUCGGAAACGCGACUCACGGAGGCUAUGGACAACAUAUGUGAAAGAAUCCUUCAGUACAGCGUUCAUGCAGAGAGACCUGGCAGUCUCCGAUAUGCAAAGGGUGCAAGUCAGACCAUGACCACCUUGAAGAACUUGGUGGACAAGGGGGUGAAGGUGGAGCUCGGUUUGCCGUAUGAGCUGUGGGACGAACCGUCUGUGGAGGUGGCAGACAUGAAGAAGCAGUGUGAGAUCAUGCUGGAGGAGUAUGAGGAGGUGGUGGAGGACUGGUAUUUCCAUCAUCAGGAGCAGAAGCUGGAGAAGUUUCUCUGUGGUGCCCAUGUACUGAAGGACUCUGACCAGGAAUGUCUGAAGGAGAUGUGGAAGGGCGAUGUGGGAACAAAGGGAGCGCAGAGCCAGGAGGUUGCUAGUGAGCCCAAAGUGGAGAUGCACGAUGCCGGAGAACUUUGAGAAGGCAUGGGACAAGCUGACUGACAGACAGGGAAAUCGUACCAAGCUCCUCCUCCCAUCCUAAACAUCAGCCAUUUGCAGCCCAGUGGUGGUUGACCCUAACGCCAACCCAGGAUCUCCUCCAUGGUCCACGUCAGAUCAGAUGUAGAUCAGCCAUCUGAAGGCUGGUAGCCUCCAAGGAGGUGCUCUGUGACCCUUCUUCUCUGCUGCCGGCUGGACGUCAGGUCUGGGAAACUCCGAAGCAGCAGUAAGUGUCAGCGGCAGUGUGCAUGAUGUUCCACCAACCUUCUCAAGAAGUUUUUAUAAUAUUUAAUGUUUUUUUUCUUGUGCUCAUGUGCGCUACUUUAUAUUAAAGGCAAUUAUGAACAUUCUUUGUUUAAAGCAGUUACCACAUGGUGGCGCCAAAUAUCAAAUUUUAAAAAGCCACUUUCGCUAACUAACGAAACAGUCGCACUUAGGUGUCUUGUAAAUCGGUUCUUUAUCAACUUCAAGUUUUCAGGUGUAUAACAAAGGCUUCAGGUCACAUGAUGUUUUGCUUUUAUCAUCCUUGGAUCAAAAUAAUGUUUUCUGCUGACAAAUUUGUUCUCUUCGAUGUUUUUUGUCAAACACGGAACUGCUGAACGACCCAACUGUUAAUUUGCUGUCUGAGAAAUAGCAACGAUAAAGUAACGAGUAGCCCUGAAAGUAAUUAAUAGAUUGAUGCGAGUGUAAUGUUCUUUCCCAAAAGUGUUACAUUAUUUUUGUGUACAUGAUAUUGAGGUCCUCAGCUGAGUCAUUUUGGUUUCGUGAUUUCGAUGUUUUAGCCAGUAAAGCUUCAAAAGAAGCUUAUUGGAAAAAGGUAAGGAAGAGCAGAGAGUCCUGCUACAGGAUGCGACUAUAAUGUGAGAAAUCAGUCUUAGAAUUUGCUUGGAAGACAAAACUCUCCAGUGUAGAAUUUUUAAGCCCAAUCGGACCAUUGUUCCAUCGGGACUGAAAUGCUAAAAUGCGUACAGCUGUCUUUGGGAGCAUGUUGAUGUCUUGAUACCGACCAACACUGUGAUGCGUUUAAUAUUUUCUACCAGGAGAUAGCGGUCAAAUGUAAAGGGCCACGUACUUCUAUCAGUUUUGAAACUUAAAUUAGCCGCUUUUUCAUUGGCCACUGUAUCCCUGUACAGGUUUUCUUUUCCCAUAAAACGCUUGUUUCCUCCCAUUCAUAACACUGUCUCACAACUGAUGUCACUGGCAGUAAGAAACAGUGUAAUGUCCUGUUAAUACCCAAGAUCCAACAUAUGCUGCAAUUGAAUAUUUUUGGUUAUUUUUUAUGAGCAUCUUAGCUUUUUAUUGCAUUAAAAUGUAUUUUAUUUACUGACA